GUGAUGCGGGUUGUCAUCUCCCAGCCAGUCGGAGCCUCUGUUGUCUCUCCAGCUUGAACUUCCUGUGUGUGGGGGACUGUGGAUCUGCUACAACAAUCAGGUGGAAGCCAUGCCAAAAUGUAUCUUCCCAUCCUGCCCGCACUUCAUGGGAAAGAACUGCUUUUCCCCCGGCAUAACUUUGCACGUCUUUCCCAAAGAUCUCGCCCGGAUAAAGCUGUGGCUUCAGCAGACUGGUCAGUACUGUGACGACAUUGAUGACUUCGCUGAGAAAAUUUUGUCUUCGAAAAUGGGUUCUUACCGCAUGUGCUCGGCCCACUUCGUUCCCAAAUCUUACAUGACCCAGGGGACCAAAGUGGUCCUCAAACCGGACGCCGUGCCCACAGUCUUCCCCGGGAAUGUGGUGGAAGUCGCCAUAAAACACGUUCCUCAGAAGAAGAAGCAGCGCUUGGAAGAGAAGGAGGCUGGGAAAAAAGAGCGUUGGUCCCAGGUGGACGCUGGCACCUCCACCAUACACAUCUUACAGACGGAGAUGGGCACACAGACUGAUAUGACUACGGUGACCAUCCAGUCUUGCUCCGUCAGCGUCCCCCGCUGGAAUACCUAUGACAGAGGCAUCCAAUGGCCUGAAUACGAGUUCAACUUUUAUGGGGAAGACUGGAAGGUGCAGCUGGACCACAUGUAUUUUAACAGCAGAUUUAAAUGUGUUCAGGAGUUGCCCAAUGUAGAACAGGAAGAGAUUAUGAAGGACCAUUAUCAAGUUCCUUCCACGUUGCAACAUGGCUCCUCCCCCGAGGAUCAUCGUGUCGCCCAACAGGAACCUCUUAAGCAGGAGUCUGAACCUCACACCUCCCCCGAAACACCGGAAGGAUGCUUCUUCUCCAAAUGUUCCCUGCGAAACAAGAAAACAUUAUGUAUCCUACAGGCCAAACUGGUGGCGCUCCUGAGACACAUGACUGAAGCACCACAUAUGGGCAGUUACAAGAGGCAGCGGACCAGGAAACUGCUGAGUCAGAUUGUGGAGCUCGUGUGUCUUGUGGCUGGAGAGGAUUUGAAGCUGGUGAAGAAGAAUGAAGAUCUCAGCAAAUUCUAUCAGAAGGAAGGACAGAUUCCAGUACGCUAUCAGGACGUGGCUGUGUUCUUCACUAGAGAGGAAUGGAAUUACAUAGAAGAAAACGAAGAGCUUUACAAGAAAGAAAUCCUCAGUGACCCCAAUGAAUCUAAGGAGGACCAAAUAGAGGACUUCAUAGAUGAUUUGGAGGAGGAUGCGGAUAUAACAGACGACCAUUUCUUCAAGCUUCUGGAAGUGAACUCACAAGGUCACAGUCCAGGAGCCGCGCCAGUGGGUAGGAAAAGGAAAAAGGUGUUGCUGCCCACCAUGCCGUGUAUUUCGGAGAAUGUUCCCCGAGGAGAACAAGGACAGGAGGAUUGGCCCAACAACAGAACCUGCAAAUCCGAAUAUCUCUCAGACAAUGAGGAUGCAGAAGAGGAGGAUGGCGGCUGUCUCAGGUCUCCGGACCCCGAAAUUGCCAACGAAGAAACUGUGAGCGCCAGCCAUGAUUUGAAGCCCCUGAUUAAGAGAGAAGAAUGUUCUCCAGAAAUUGCCAACGAAGAAACUGCGAGCGCCAGCCAUGAUUUGAAGCCCCUGAUUAAAAGAGAAGAAUGUUCUCCAGAGAUCAGCACUGGUUCGAAUGCAGCAGAUGAUUCCCAUGAUGCACCUGGCCCCAUGCUGUGGAUAGCAGAGGAUGGCACCACUUACACCUCUUGGAUACCGUUCCGUGUCUAUUCUUCUGACGCACCCAUUAUGAAAAGGCAUACAGGGCACAGAAAAAAAAGGCUUCUUGAGCAGCCUGUUUUGCUCUUUGAAACAGCUGAUACCGCUCCCAACCCCACAGAGUUAGAAGAACAUUCUAAAAGUAGGCUAAGGAACCUCCCAGCACUGGACUGGGUCGUCGGACAAACACCUUCGCAGGCAACACUCUGGUGUGGCGUAUGCAAUAUGUGUUUUUACAGCGCGGCCGAGCUUAAAACUCACCAAAUCACGCACAGCGAGGAAACUCUGCUAAGGUGUGAAGACUGUGCGGAGGUCUUUGAUGUCAAGGGCGAUCUUGAAAAGCAUAAAGCCAAGGAACAUGGCAAGCUGCGCUAUCCUUGUGAGGUCUGCGGCUUGCAGUAUAACUACCGCUCGCAGUACAUUAUUCACCAGCGAACCCACACCGGCGAGAAGCCGUUUUGUUGCAAAGAGUGCGGGCAGGCGUUCGGCCAUAAAUGCAGCCUGCUCAUACACAUGAGGAAACAUUCGGGGAGCUCGCUGUUUGAGUGCGGCCGGUGCGGGAAACUGCUGGACACCGGGCAGGCCUUAGAGAAACACCGCAAACUGCGGUUCUGCGUCAACUGUAAGAAAUGCUUCACCCGCAGGGCGCUGAGGCACCACCUGAAAACGCACGCGCAGGACGAGAUGGCGAAGAAAGACUAGCUAGACUUCCGAAAAACUUUCCAUGGUCUCAUCCGAAAUUUCUGUUUGUUCUAAAAGGACCAGUAUGCGCCUUUUUGUGGUCUUAAAACAAAGUCUCUAACUGUGACAGCCAUUCUGUGUCUCUUGGAGUUGGAGUCAUUGCCAGUAAAACUGACAGCUUGCUUCAUUGUCCAAAAACCAGUGUUCAGUCAGACUGAGAAUGUCAGCCGCCAUUGAUUACACAGGUCUUUUGCUUUGUGAUAGGUUCCCUUUCAGAGUCAUUGUCAGGAACCAUAAACCAGGUGGUGACAGAAAGUGCAGUCAAAAUCUCACCUUUAAUGAAAUAGCAAAAAAUAACACAGUUCAGGAACAUAGUCAAAAACUGAAGCUAGGGUUUGGAUGCCAGAGCGGGUAAUCGGACGAGUCGGAACCAGGAAACCAGAAGUCAGCGUAGUGGAGAGCAAAAUCAGGAACAGGUAUCAGAAGAGAAGUCAGCCAGGCCAAGUCAGACACAGGAACACACUGGAGAUCAUAGACCACACAAGGGCAAGGAUAGACCACACAAGGGCAAGGAGGAAAUGAGCUAAGCUGUUUAAAUAGCAAAAAGGGUCUGGCUGUAGGCCGGACUAAUGAGGCAGGUAAUGGUAACCAGGUGAGUCUAUGUGGAAACAACCAGUGGCUGGUCAUUUACCAACAGCUGAGCAGCUUCUGUGCUGUGAAAAAAAAAGGACUGCCAUAAAUAGCAGGAGCCCAGCCCUGACAGUCAAUGUUACCGUAUCACAAACCAGGGAAAUUUAUAGUAAGCAUAUGAUAGAAAAAUAUUUAAGGAGUAAAUCCCCUCUGGGUGAUCUAUAUACAUUACAGGGAUUUUAACAAUCUUUGUUGCAGAUCCCUACCAGGUUCUGCGCUGAAGAAAUAGUUGUUUGUUUGGCCAUGUCCUAUGCAGACUGAUUUUGAAUGGGAGUAUCUGGUUCAUUAUAAUCAGCUGAUGCUCUGUCGGUAUUCUGAUGAAGAAAGCUGCAGUGUCGACAUCCCUUUAAAAGUAAUUAUCCCACAAAAAAAGCAAAUUCCUAUUGCAGGGGAUGCCUAAAAUUUGACUUGUAUCUUAGUGUAGACCAGGGGUCUCCAAA